UUUUUUCUUUUGAACUCUUUACAGACGGCGCGCGGUUGUUGGUGGUAUUUCUUCUCCAAAUUUACUGAGUUCUUCGAUACCUUCUUCUUUGUGAUGCGUAAACGCUAUGAUCAAGUAUCGACACUCCAUGUCAUACAUCAUGGCAUUAUGCCGGUAUCAGUUUGGUGGGGUGUGAAAUUCACACCUGGCGGUCAUUCUACCUUCUUCGGUUUUCUGAAUACAUUCGUGCACAUUAUAAUGUACACCUAUUACAUGUUAGCCGCUAUGGGCCCUAAAGUACAAAAGUAUUUGUGGUGGAAGAAGUACCUCACAGUCUUGCAGAUGAUACAAUUCGUAUUGGUAAUGGUCCACUCAUUCCAAUUGUUCUUCAGAAAUGACUGCAACUAUCCAAUCGGUUUUGCUUACUUCAUUGGUGCGCAUGCUGUUAUGUUCUACUUCCUCUUCUCCGAUUUUUACAAACAAGCCUAUUUAAAACGCGAACAAAAGAAAGAAAAAUUGGCCAACAAAGCAAAUGGUUAUGCAAAUGGUGUACAUAAAACGCUCGAAUACCAAAAUGGAUCAGCAUACGCUACCGAAAUCAAUGGCAACACUAAGUUGCAGGACUCCAUGCUCAUCACAUCGCCAACAGCAACAACAACAAGACAGCGAGUAUUUGCCGCAGCCAAUAAUUAAUUUAUUUAAAAUAUAAAUAUAAAAAAUUCUUAGUCUUAAGUAAAAAUUUAUAUUUUUUAUUUUUAUUUUUUACUCGUACAGUAGAUCGUGCAGUUAGAUCCAAACAUAGGCAAUCGGAGUAUGUUAGAUGUUAGGUAGUUAUGUUACAUAGUAGCAGACAGGAGCAGACGGGAGCAGUGCCUUGCGCUUGGACAAUUGCAUUGCUUAGCUUCUUUAGAGUUUUAGACUAGACAUCGUAUAUAAUUUUUUCUUAAAUUGUAUUAAACUGUGUAAGUUGUUAAUCGCGGAGGAGUUAGUAUAUUAUAUUAUUAUACUAGUUUGUAUUUUGUAUUUUGUAUUAUGGUCAUUUGGACUUCACAUCUUAUAUACACAUGUACAUAUGUAAAAUUGUAUAUGCGUACCAUAGGCACUUUUGUUAUAAUAAUGUAUGUAUUUUAUAUAUCUGAAUCUGUACUUUAAUUAAAUUAGUUCAUUUGUAUGAA